AUGACUUCAUUUCUGUUUGGUAAAGGUUCAAAACUGAAGGGAACUGUAGUGUUGAUGCAAAAGAAUGUUUUGGACAUUAAUGAGCUCACUGCAGCUCAAAGCCCUGGCGGUAUCAUCGGUGGCACCAUUGGUGCCAUCGGUGGUAUCGCUGGCUCUAUAAUUGAUACUGCCACGUCUUUCUUGGGUCGCUCUGUGUCUCUUAGGUUGAUCAGUGGUACCAGUGCCGAUGCAAGUGGAAAGGGAAAAGUGUCAAAAGAGGCAUUCUUGGAAGGUAUUCUUACCUCCAUACCAACGUUGGGAGACAGACAAUCUGCUUUCAGAAUUCAUUUUGAAUGGGACAGUAACAUGGGAACUCCAGGAGCUUUUUAUAUUGACAAUUUUAUGCAAGGUGGUGAAUUCUUCCUUGUAAGUUUGACACUUGAUGAUGUUCCCAACGUUGGAAGCAUCAAAUUUGCUUGCAACUCAUGGGUUUACAAUUCUAAAAAAUACAAAACCGACCGCAUUUUCUUCGCCAACAAGACAUAUCUUCCAAGUGACACUCCGGCUCCAUUAGUAUACUACAGACAAGAAGAGUUGAAGACUUUAAGAGGAGACGGAACUGGAGAGCGUAAAGAAUGGGAUAGAAUAUAUGAUUAUGAUGUUUACAAUGAUUUGGGAGCACCUGACCAAAAGGCUACCUUGGCUCGUCCAGUUCUUGGGGGAUCAAGCACCUUGCCUUACCCGCGAAGGGGAAGAACCGGCCGAAAACCAACUAGAAAAGAUCCUAAGAGUGAGAGUCGAAGUGACACUGUGUAUCUUCCAAGGGAUGAAUCAUUUGGUCACACGAAGUCGUCUGACUUUCUUAUUUACAUACUCAAAUCGGCAUCUCAAAAUAUCAUACCUCAACUGAGAUCUGUAGUUACAUUACAACUCAAUAACCCAGAGUUUAACACAUUUGAAGACGUGCGCUCGCUUUAUGAUGGUGGAAUUAAGCUUCCUACUGAUAUACUAAGCAAGAUUAGCCCAAUACCAUUGUUCAAGGAACUUUUCCGAUCUGACGGUGAAUCAGCACUUAAAUUUCCACCACCAAAAGUGAUUCAAGUGGAUCAUUCCGCAUGGAUGACUGAUGAGGAAUUUGCAAGGGAGAUGAUUGCUGGGGUGAAUCCACACAUCAUCAAAAAAGUUCAGAGUUUUCCAAUAAAGAGCAAGCUAGAUAGCCAACUCUAUGGUGAUAAUACCAGCACAAUAACCAAAGAACACUUGGAGCCAAACAUGGGCGGAGUCACUGUAGAACAAGCUUACGAAACGAACAGACUGUUCGUACUAGAUCACCACGAUCCAUUAUUUCCAUAUUUGAGGAAAAUAAAUGCAACUGACACAAAAGCAUAUGCUACAAGAACAGUCCUUUUCUUGCAAGAUAAUGGAACUUUGAAGCCAUUGGCUAUUGAGCUGAGUACACCACAUCCUGAUGCUGAUAGUUUCGGUCCUGUUAGUAAAGUUUACUUGCCUGCAAGUGAAGGUGUUGACGCUUCAAUUUGGCUCCUUGCCAAGGCUUUCGUUGUUGUUAAUGACUCGUGCUAUCACCAACUUGUUAGCCAUUGGUUGAACACUCAUGCUGUUGUUGAGCCAUUCAUCAUAGCUACAAAUAGGCAUCUUAGUGUGGUUCACCCUAUUCAUAAACUUUUACUUCCACAUUACCGUGACACAAUGAACAUCAAUGCACUUGCUAGAAAUGUGUUGGUCAAUGCAGAGGGUAUUAUAGAAUCAACAUUCUUGUGGGGAAAUUAUGCUAUGGAAAUGUCUGCUACUGUUUACAAGGAUUGGGUUUUCACUGACCAAGGACUACCUAAUGAUUUAAUCAAAAGAGAAGUGGCUGUUAAGGAUCCAUCUGCUCCAUACGGUAUUCGUCUUUUGAUAGAGGACUAUCCUUAUGCUUCUGAUGGACUAGAGAUAUGGACUGCUAUUAAGACAUGGGUUGAAGAAUAUGUGAAUUUCUACUACAAAUCAGAUGGAGCUAUUGCACAAGAUACUGAACUCCAAGCAUUCUGGAAAGAAGUUGUAGAGGUAGGCCAUGGUGACUUGAAGAAUGCUACAUGGUGGUUUAAGAUGCAAACUCGCGCAGAGUUGAUUGAAGCCUGCACUAUCCUCAUAUGGAUAGCUUCAGCACUUCAUGCCGCUGUUAAUUUCGGACAAUAUCCAUACGGAGGAUACAUCCUUAACCGACCAACUAAGAGCAGAAGAUUCAUGCCUGAGAAGGGAACCUCUGAGUAUGAGGAUCUUGCUAAGAACUACGAGAAGGCGUAUUUGAGGACAAUCACACCAAAGAAUGAUACUCUUACCGACUUGACCAUUAUAGAGGUCUUGUCAAGGCAUGCUUCUGAUGAACAAUACCUUGGAGAGAGAAUUGAAGGUGAUGAUUGGACUUCUGAUUCACAACCAAAAGAGGCUUUCAAGAGGUUUGGAAAGAAGUUGGCUGAAAUUGAGCAAAAACUCACUCAAAGGAACAAUGAUGAGUCAUUGAGAAACAGGUAUGGGCCAGUGAAGAUGCCAUAUACUUUACUUUAUCCUUCUAGUGAGGAAGGAUUGACUUGCAGAGGCAUUCCCAAUAGUAUCUCUAUCUAA